AUGGAUUCAGCCAGUGCUCCUGGGAUGGCAGACCAUACUUUCGGUCAAGAACAGUAUCACCAUUGGCCAGCAAUGUCAGAAGAUUGGGAUGUGUCUCCCGACAAAGAUGCUGUGCCAGGCAAGCAGCCCGCUUUGGCCAGGUUGGAAACCGAAGGACUGUACGACGACGAUAUGAUUGGCGUCAGCAUAAGUCGUGUCCAGACUCACAUGAGAGCCCCCGACACUCCGGCGUCCGAGAAAGCACGAGCUAUGAAUCUAUCACUUGACUACUUCCAAAAUAUAGCGAGCUUGAAAGAAGAGCCAAAUGAGAAUGAUGAGCUUGAACCACCACAAGACAGCACGCCUGAUCAGGACUUGGAAACUCAGUCAUCGCAUGAAACAGCUGAACAGUGGUCACGACUGAAGCUAUCUCCGACCACACAAUCUCCAGAUGAAAUCACUGAAUCAGAGCAGAUCCGUAUCUGGAAGGAUCAAGUGGGAUCAUCUCAGUCUCGAGAAGAAGAGAAAGAUAGCCCGGAGGGCAUCCAGCCGCACCACCAGAUAGCGCCACAAUUGGCUGAGAGGCGCGAGAGAUAUAUGCCGCAGUCAACUCGGCUGUCAUACACACGAAACUUGCUCCAAGCCGUUGGUCAGGAAGGAAGACGACGGGCUUCAAGUGGACCAACAGCAAUCAUGUCGAGUUUGAAGAAGUUGAUGCCUGAUCUUCCUUCACCUUCUUUCAAUUUCAGCUCCAUGUCUAUUUUGCCCGCCAGCUUCAGAAGCACAGGCCAUUCUGGUACAUCGACUCCAAGUCAUAAUCAGAAUACUCCUCCACAGACAUCAACCGCAGGAAAGUUCACCUGGAAAGAGGGUCCUAGACUUCGGAAAUUGUCAAACCCAGAUAUUCAGGUCACAACUUCUCAGAGCAAUCCUGCCGUAGCUAGGCCUUACUAUGGCCUCGACGGCAAUAUCGAGUCAUUGUUGUCCCCUAUCAGUCCGGCAUCGACGAAAAGCAGAGGUCGUUCUAAUUCAGAGAGUUCUCUAUACAUAAGAAGGAGGGUUUCUGGAGUUUCGGCUUAUGACGAUACAAGUGCCUUUGCUAAUGUCACCGACAUGGCCAAUUCUCGCUUCAAAGCCAUCACAGACAGUUUUCAAAACUCCACCUUACGACUACCUAAACUGCCAGUGAUCAGGCCAUUGCCGAAGCGUCGCGGUUCUCCUGUGACGAGCUCUAGGGAUAUCCAGGCGAAUAAUGCAGACGACCAUAACGGAGGACAUGAGCAUCAAUACACAGCUAGCAAAGUAAUUCGAAAUGCCAAGAAAGGCAUAGAGGUCGAUACUCCGCAACGGCGAGCACAUCCAAUCUUAUCACAUGCGCUGGAUAAGACAACGGGAGAUAUAGUCGUACUAGGGGGCUAUCGUGGAUCGAUUUUAAGAUCGGCCCAGCCACCCCAUCGUCAGCUUUGGGUCCCAGUCAAAGUCGGACUUAAUCUUCGUCGAGUUGAUUUGGAGGUCGGUUUGACUAGGGAAGACGAGGAACGAAUGGAAGAAACGAUCAUCCCUUCGGGCGUUCUCUCACACAUUGGACCGAUCGAUAUCUGUCGAAGACUGCUCAAGCAUAUGUACAAGUGUCCGAAUACUCGCCAGAACAAGUUGAGAGUUCAUGACUGGGGCUACGACUGGAGACUGAGCCCUCAUCUACUGGCCGCGAGGCUGAUAAAAUUUCUCGAAUCUUUGGAAUGCAACCACCCAGAGACACCACCAGAAAAGAGGGGAGCCACCGUCAUCGCUCACAGCCUCGGAGGUUUGAUCACUCGAUACGCAGUCAAUCAGAGACCAGAUCUGUUCGCCGGUGUUGUCUAUGCGGGAGUUCCUCAACACUGCGUCAACAUCCUUGGGCCCCUUCGAAAUGGCGACGAUGUGCUUCUCAGCUCCAGAGUACUUACUGCUCAAGUCAAUUUCACCCUCAGAACCAGCUUUGCGCUCUUGCCGGAAACUGGACGCUGUUUCAUUCAAAAGCACACCAACAAGAGGUAUGAUUUAAAUUUCUUUGAUCCCGACGUGUGGGACGAGUAUCACCUUAGCCCGUGCAUCAAUCCGCCUUUAUAUCGGAGUAACAGUAAUGGCGAGGGAAGAAAGAGCAUUAUCGGUGCGAUUUCAGACAGUAUCACGUCUAACAAACGAAGUUCAUGGUUUGGAAGCCAAAGUUCUCAGACGUCGGAAGCUGCACAAAAAGCGGAAGCGACUGUUCAAUCAGCAGCUGGCAAAGCUGCCGAGGUUGGCCGUUUGGCAGAUGGUGAAGGUCCGGAAGAGGUGGUAGGUCCAACAAUGAAGCAAGGCCAGCAUCGAUCUAGUGUGGCAACAGCAUGUACGAUCCCCAAAGAUCAGGCUAAAGAGUACUUGAGUCGCACACUGGCCGAGGUUUUGGAUUUCAAGAGAGCAUUGGCAUUUAAUCCCGCUCAUCAGGAAAGCAACCGGUAUCCUCCUCAUGCUUACAUCUUUGGUAAGACAGUACCAACUGUGUACGGUGCCAGAGUUCCGGACGAGGAGGCGAUCAAGUAUACAGACGCCUUUGAUGACCUGGCUUUUGCUGCCGGGGAUGGCGUAGUGCUUGCCAGUGCUGCUCAAUUGCCCGAGGGUUAUCGAUGUGUCAAAGGGGGACGAGUCGAGAGUGACCGAGGACAUGUUGGUCUGAUGGGCGAUUUAGAAGGAGUCGGACGAUGCAUUGAGGCUGUUGUAAAUGCACGGGCCAAGGGCGUUGGAUUAGGUGAAAAGUAUUUGAAGACAAAGAAGGGUGCAAGGGAGUCUUCUCCUUGA